AUGCCACUCACAGGCGUCUACUUUAUUCCUACCAACCCUCAGAGCUCAACCACGCUCGCCACUCUAAGCGAGCGUCUUCGAGCAACCUUCUCCCAAGAAGAUGUCAUCCCCAUCGGUCGCUGGGCCCUCGAACAUAAAUUGAUGCGCGAUACCCCUGGCUUGCUCCCCCAAUCCACCGCUCAGGGUCAACGUCCCGCCAAGCCGCGCUACCUCCAACUUCUCUCACUAAGUCACUAUCCCACCCAUGGCUUCAUCUACACGUCCGAGCCGACGGAGAAGUUCUCUCACCGCCCAUCAGUCUCCGCAUCAGCCACGCGGGGACAUCGCCCACCCCGAAUCCGCAUCUGA